UGCUUCCUUUCUAAAGGGGAGGAGAUCUAUGGGGCUGAGAAGAAGGAGGAUCCUCAUGACUCUCUAAUUUGCUAAAUGCUCACAGACAAAAACACUUUAGAAACUCAUCUGGGAAACUGAUCAUUUUAGUUCACUGGUUAUUUGGAGGAUGUACAGCAACAGCAUGUUCCCUCUAGCAUUCGGCUUGCUGGUUUUGUCUUUAAGUCAAAGCUCAGCACACUCAGAAAAUGGCUCCAUGUUGCUGCCUCGGACUUUCUCAGGUCGCUUUGUCCUGGUGACUGAAGAACCCAUGGAAUACAUUGACCUGUCUGCGUUGGACAGUUUGAGUGAUACUGUUGAUGAUGACGGCUCAGGUUCUGAGACGGAGCAGAAACUGUUGAAGAAACACGGCCAGCACGAUCGCUUGCAAAAGCACCUUGUCGUCUCUGAGGAGGCCAAAGAGUUUCUCCAGGGUCACCUCGCGACAGCAUUUGUCCCCACUGUUUACAUCCUGGUCUUCAUCACUAGCGUGCCUCUCAACCUUCUGGCCAUGGUGAUGUUUGUCCACCGAAUCCGUCCCAGAAAGCCUGCAGUGAUCUACAUGCUGAACCUGGCUUGUGCUGACCUUCUGUUUGGCCUGCUCCUCCCCUUUAAAAUCGCCUACCAUUAUAAUGGCAACAACUGGAUCUACGGGUCCUUCAUGUGCAGGGUGGUGACAGCAGCUUUCCACUGCAACAUGUACUGCUCCGUGCUGCUCGUCAUGUGCAUCAGUGUGGACCGGUUCCUGGCCGUGGUUUACCCCAUGAACUCCCUGAUGUGGCGGAGCCCUCAGACUGCUGCAGCCGUCUGUGCAGCCAUGUGGCUCCUCUCCCUGGGAGGAGUGUUCCCCCUACUGAUCUCAGAACAGACACUAUAUUUGUCGGACCUUGGGAUUACCACCUGUCAUGAUGUGCAGGAUGUGGAAACCCUGCAAUCCUACUAUCGCUACUUCUUCCCCGUAUACUCCUCCAUCUUCUUCUUCAUACCUCUUGCCUUCACUACUGUCUGCUAUGUUCGAAUCGUUCAGGCUCUGGCGGCAGCCAACUUGGAGAACCGCUCCAAGAAGACGCGGGCAAUUGUGAUGACUGUGGUGGUGCUGCUUGUGUUCGUGGUCUGCUUCGCUCCCACAAACAUCAUCCUGAUGAUUCACUAUGUUCAGAUCAGCCACACAUCCAGAGACGGUUCUUACCAGGCGUACCUGCUCUCUGUGUGCGUAGGAAGCCUCAGCUGCUGUCUGGAUCCUCUCCUCUACUACUAUGGCUCCUCUCAGUGCCAAAAGCAGGUGGCUGCAGUACUUAGGUGCUCACCACUGGCACCAGCAGGGAGCAGCAUGGACACACGCAUUACGCAAACGAGUGGAUCAAGCACCAGAUCCUGCAAGAUGGAGGGCAUGUAUAGUGGUCAUUAUAACAAGCUGGUGGCUUAAGGAGCCUGUUUCUGAGAAAUAAUACAAACUUUCACAAAAGUUGUCAUAGCUUUUUAAUUUUUUAACAUUUGGUCAUGUUCUAGCAAUAUUUAAUGUAUCAUUCUGGGAGUUUCAUGUAACACAAAGUGGUGCAUAACUUGGAACUGGAAGGACAAGGACAUGUGGUUUCAGUAAAAUAGAUGAAGCUGGAAAAGUGAAACACGCAUUUCUUUCCAGCUUCUCAGUCUGAAAAACAUCAAGUCUUGAAGAGUAUGUGUCUGCUGGCUUUGUUCAUCAAGAGGCUAAAACUUUUGCCUGUUCUUCUUUGCAAAACAGCUGAAUCUCAAAAAAAAAAAACUUGGGAUGGAGAACAUCUGUGCAGAGCACCUCUUCCCAAUCCUCAUGUCCAGACUUUGACUGGACCGUUUAGUCUUAUCUACCGGCACUGAUACAAACCCAUCUAUUCUAUCUCUGGCUGGAUUUCAGGGUUAACCCAUAUUUGACUCCUCUUUCUCAUUAACACUGGUUAUCUGGUUUUCAGUUGUUUCAUACUUUUAACAUUUUUGUAUGAUGGAUUGGACUACGAUGUUCACAGAGCAGCUGUGGUUAUACUGAAAAUAAUCAUACACAGGUGGAAUCUGUUUACUAUAUGGGGGUGUCAUAGUAAAAGGGGUUGAACACACGCUGCAAUUUUUUAUGUGUAAGAGAGAAAGCCACCCUUCCACUUUACACUUAUGCACAACUUUAUCAUAAAAUCUCAAAACAUUAAAGUUUGUGUAUGUAAUGUGACGACAUGUGAAAAAGUUCAAUAGUGCUCAAGUUGGAUAAAAUAAAUUCUUGGUUUUGGUUUGUGGUUCAUACAGAAAACUUUUACACUGUAUCUACCAUAUAACACUGUCACUGAUUUUGCCUUCCUUGCCUACUCUGUCAGGGAAUCAAACCAUCAGUAUCUGUUUUAGUAUCACACAAAUUACAAGUUGCAAACAUAAUGUCAUAUUUUAUUUUAUUUUUUUGACAAUGUGUAAUUAUGUACAGGAACUACGUAAGUAAAAACAAACAAAAAUGUAAUUUGAAUCAUUAAAUUUUUGUGGUUGUAGAUUAUAGGCUCUGCAUCAGAAGAGUAACGCUCCUGGCCUGUUUUUUCAUUCCUCACUUUCUGAAUGUUGUGAUUUUUAAUUCAAAUGACACUGACAUAAUAUGGCCAGAUAAUAUCAAACAUCAAAUAGAAAAUUUCUCUUCUGAGAGGCAAAUUAGUUCAUUCUUGGAUUCUGACAAAACUUCAGAGUUUCUAUGAUAGUUUAAGGUAAUAAAUGGUAUCAACUUUAGGUAAUUAAUUUAAAAAUUAUGUUAGGAGAGAGCUUCACUAAACUGUGAAUGAACUUGCUGGUGGAAGUCCACCUCAGUUUGAAGAUCUCUAAUGGAAAAACAGCGACAGAGUCAAAGAUAAAACUGUAUAUUUGGGUUUCUGAAUGGAUGUUGUUGGG